AUGAGCGCCCCACCGACGGAGACAAUGUACAUGCAUCGCGGAUGUUUGUCCGCACUCGCGGACGACGGCAAACGUCCCUCGGCUCCUGAAAUUUUGCUUAUCGAUUGAUUUUUUUGUUUCAUGGGCUUGUUUUUUUGAAUAGUCCUUUAUUUGAACUCUUUUGAUUUUCCGAAAAUUGAGAGCAGAGCUGUAGUGAAUUAAGAAGGAGUGCAGUGGUCAUGUUUCAACUACGAUAGAUCGAUAGCUCCUAUCAGAUUCUAACAAGUUGAUAAAUAUCAAAAAUUCUGAUAGAUUUUUUUCUACAUUUUUUUGUAGUUUUAUAGCUCUCGUACAAAAAAACCGUUUUUUUACUCGUGAUUCAUUGAACUUGUGAAAUUUCUUCCAAAAAGUUUUUUUCUGAGAAAGAAAUUCCAAUAACUCAUGUGCUAUAAAGUCUGAAACUUUUAUAUUCACAUGGAUUCUGAAUUCCAUGGUUUUCACGACAUCUCGGAAUUUUUUAAAGCAGCAUCAUGGGACCAACUUUUAAACGGCGAUUUCUUUUAUUUUAUUUUUUUCUAUUUUCAUCAAUAUUUCUCAAAGUAGUUCUUUAUUCCAAAUUUUAUUCCGACCUCAGUCCAAAAAACUUUUUUUUCGAAAUUUCAUAUUUGAGAUGUUGUCUCAAAUUGAAUUCUUAAGCUAUUUUGUUUCUGCCCGAUCCUUUUUUUUUGAUUGGUUUUAAAGAAACCUUCUCAACUUUUGAAUUUUCUUUUUCUCAAUGUUGAAAAUCCUAUUGGAAAAAUCCCAAUAUUUUCUCGAACAAAACAGAAUGACCUCUCCCUUAAUAUCUCAGAGUUUAUUCGUAGUUGACCCCGAAACAUCAUCUGGAUGCGCUCUCAAAGAAUAUCGCAAAACUUCUUACAUCUAGUCUUUGUUUCGACAUAUGGAAAAGCUUGACAUUGCAUCCAAAAGUCGGCUGACCUCGCUUCUACGGCAAUCCUUUCAUCUUGUAAACAUUCCGAAUAGAAGAAACCUAACUUUUUGAGCUAUACCGGAACACAUGUGGUCCGCAGAAGUCUGCUGUUGGAGGAACAUCAGAAGUGGAUAAACAAUUUUUUGAAUAUGAAAAAAGCAGAUAAGCUGGAGUUGAAAAUUUUGAGACAGAUCAUCGUUUUUUGGAAUUUUUAAGCAACUGAGGUAAAAGAAAUACUCAUCGGGUGGGAUUUGAGAUAAAAUUGUCUUUUUGAAGGGCUUUUUAUUGCGUGUCAAACGGUUUUAAAAACUUUAAAAGACAUUGCUUUUAUCUGAAAUCAUGUUUUUACUGCCCAUGCGCUCCUGAUUAAUUUAAUUUUUUUUGCCCUUCAUUGAUUUACUAUUUUUUUUUCAAUUCUCAAGUUGUUAUUUAAUGUUUAAUGGUUCAGAGAACGAACCGCAGAUGGCUUUACAGUUGCUAAAACGACCGCGACCUCUUCCAUCAUUCAAAGACGAAGAGAAAGGAAUUCACGCUCAAUGGAAAAUUAAAGUCUGAAUUUUUCUCAUUUUUCAUAGCUUUUUGUGUUUUUCCAGGGCUACUACUACAAAAAAGACGGUUUGCCGAAAAUUUCAAUCAGAGGCCAAGCACGUGUACAGUACGCGCAGCUGGUUAUUGAAGGAAAACUGCCAAAUACGGUAACGAAAAAAGCACUGGUAAGUUUUCCAGAUGUUUUGCUUUAACAAAAAAUUUUUCAGGUUAACAUAGGCUAUAUUGAGAAUUCGGGCGAUAUUCUUGACAUCCGCGGAUGCAAUUAUAGACUUCUUAUAUUUGGGGUGGAUCAUGUAGAGGUUUGUUUUUUGUCAAUUCGAAGUGUGCUCAAAUCACAAAAAAUGAUCAAAUUGAGAUAAGCCUGAGAAUUUUUCACCGAUCAUGUAAUUGAAAGAAGUUUGUUCAAAGAUGCUUUGGGGGAUUUUUUUGAACUGUUCUAUCCAGUUACUUAGAUUAUGUCGUAUGCAUUUUGGGCUUCCAAACUUCAAGCAAGUGAAUUUAUUUUAAUAAGGAUCUUCAGAGCUUGAAACAUAUUUUCAACAAUGCUCGAAAGUUCGUUUUAUGCAUCUGUAGUUGAAAUGAAUGUUUCAAAAAAACGUUUUGCAAAGAUUAUUCUGAAUCACUUUUUGUGAUUAACAUUAUUCUUUGAAUAAAACCUUUUAUCAUGAGAUUUUUCAUAGUUAAUCUAUUUUUAGUCAGGACAGCUUAAAGUUCCCCAUUUGACAAGCGGAAAGUUAUAGGCUAUUCCGCGCCAGCUUGUCAAAAUUUUCGUUUUCAUCCGAGCAAUCGUUCCAUUCGAAGCGCGCGGAAUUUUUAUCUGCCUGCCUCUUAUUUCAUUUGGUUCAAAAUUUCGGUUGUAUUAAUGGCGCAGGCAAAGAUAAUCUCGCGUACUUCGUAGGGAGGAGUCCUGGGCUCUGUAGCUCGAAGGUGAGCAAAAAUUGUGACAAGCUGGCGUGGGAUGUGCUAUAGAAGAAAAUUAUUUUAGUGUUCUUCCUAGCAAACAUCAAUACAAUUUUAUUAAAUACUGUCCGAGAAAAAAAACUAUUCGAUUUUUUUCAGUUGAUUCGAGACUGGCUAAGAUUUUUGGUCAUCCGACAGCGAAUACCUCAUUCGCUCCUUGGUUUACCGUUUGAAUGGCAGGUCAUUUUGAAUAAACUUCAUUAAUCUCUUUGAUUUUAUCAAUUUUGCAGGUGAAACCUGUAAAAGACGACCAACAGCUUCGAAUAUCCAAACUACAUCCUUUUAAUUGCUUCAAAUUUUGGUGA